AUGGAGGCUAGAUUGGGUGCUGAGGGUUAUAAUUUUUAUGGUGUUGGUGGUGGUUCGUCUGAUUUGAGUAGUAUGGGGAAGAGGACUAGAGAAUGGAAUUUGAAUGAUUGGAGAUGGGAUGGUGAUUUGUUCAUAGCUAGCCGUGUGAAUCCGGUGCCAGCGGAUAGUCUGAGAGUGGGACAUGGACAACAGUUUUUCCCGCUUGGGUUUGGGAUCUCGGUGGUCGGGGGUUCCUCUAACACCUCUUCUUCAUGCUCUGAGGAAGGAGAUCUUGAGAAUCCUAAAAGGAACAAGGAAGGGGAGAGGAAAAGGAGAGUUACUGUUCUGGAAGAUGAUGGUUUGAAUGAGGAAGCUGGUGCCCUUAGUUUACAGCUUGCUGGACAUGCUUCACCGGUGGUGGAAAGGGAGAUUGCGAGCUGGGAUGGUGUGAAUGGAAAGAAAAGCAAAGUAGCUGGAGGUGCUUCGAAUCGAGCUGUUUGUCAGGUUAAAGACUGUGGUGCAGAUCUGAGCAGAGGUAAGGAUUAUCACAGACGUCAUAAAGUUUGUGAGAUGCAUUCUAAGGCUACUAGGGCACUUGUGGGGAAUGCAAUGCAGAGGUUUUGUCAACAGUGUAGUAGGUUUCACUUACUUCAAGAGUUUGAUGAAGGAAAGCGAAGCUGUCGGAGACGCUUGGCUGGCCAUAAUAAACGGAGAAGGAAAACAAAUAAUGAAGUUAUUCUUAAUGGAAGUCCGACAAAUGAUGAUCAGACCAGUAAUUAUCUCUUGAUAAGUUUAUUGAAGAUACUUUCAAAUAUGCAUUCUGACAGGUCAGAUCAGCCUACAGAUCAGGAUCUUCUAACUCAUCUUCUAAGGAGUCUUGCUAGUCAGAAUGAUGAGCAGGGGUGCAAGAACUUGUCAAACCUUUUGCAGGAACAAGAGAUUGUGUUGAGAGAAGGAGAUUCUUCUAGGAAGUCAGAGAUGGUGUCAGCUUUAUUCUCCAAUGGUUCUCAAGGCUCUCCAACUGUUAUAGCACAAAACCAAACUGUAUCUAUGAAUAAAAUGCAACAAGAAAUGAUGCAUACUCAUGAUGUUAGGACCGUUGAUCAUCAACUCGUAUCUUCAAUAAAGCCCAGCAUUUCAAACAGUCCUCCGAUUUACUCAGAAGUUAGAGAUAGUAGUGCACAAAUAAAGAUGAAUAAUUUUGAUUUGAAUGACAUAUACAUUGACUCAGAUGAUGGCAUGGAAGAUCUACAAAUAUUGCCAGUCUCUACAAAUAUUGGCACUAGCUCUGUUGAUUACCCAUGGACACAACUAGAUUCUCAUCAGUCAAGUCCACCUCAAACAAGUGGAAACUCAGAUUCUGCAUCUGCCCAGUCCCCUUCUAGUUCUAGUGGAGAAGCUCAUAGUCGGACAGAUCGGAUUGUUUUUAAACUCUUUGGUAAAGAGCCAAAUGAGUUUCCUCUUGUACUUAGAGCACAGAUUCUUGAUUGGUUAUCCCACAGUCCUACCGAUAUUGAGAGCUACAUACGGCCUGGGUGUAUUGUUUUGACUAUUUAUCUACGUCAGGCUGAGGCUGUGUGGGACGAUCUGUGCUGUGAUCUGACUUCCAGUUUGAGUAAGCUGCUGGAUGUCUCAGAUGAUACAUUUUGGAGAACUGGAUGGGUUCAUUUCAGGGUGCAGCAUCAAAUGGCAUUCAUUUCCAAUGGUCAAGUUGUAAUAGAUACAUCACUACCUUUUAGAAGCAACAAUUAUAGUAAGAUUUGUACUGUUAGUCCGAUUGCUGUACCAGCAUCAAAGAGAACUCAAUUUUCUGUUAAAGGUGUCAACCUAAUGCGCCCUGCCACAAGGUUGAUGUGUGCUUUAGAAGGAAACUAUCUGGUGUGUGAAGAUGCUCAUGAGUCAAUAGAUCAAUACUCCAAGGAGCUUGAUGAACUUCAGUGUAUUCAAUUUUCAUGUUCGGUCCCUGUUACGAAUGGAAGAGGAUUUAUUGAGAUUGAGGACCAGGGUUUGAGUAGCAGCUUCUUUCCUUUCAUAGUGGCAGAGGAGGAUGUUUGCUCAGAGAUUUGUGUGCUUGAGCCUUUACUAGAACUAAGUGAAACUGAUCCAGAUAUUGAAGGGACUGAAAAAAUUAAAGCCAAAAGUCAAGCUAUGGAUUUCAUUCAUGAAAUGGGCUGGCUUCUUCACAGAAGUCAAUUGAAAUAUAGGAUGGUUCACUUGAACUCUGAUGUGGAUCUCUUUCCAUUAGAACGGUUCACGUGGCUUAUGGAGUUUUCCAUGGACCGUGAUUGGUGUGCAGUGGUAAAAAAACUGUUGAAUAUACUGCUUGAUGAAACUGUGAACAAAGGAGAUCACCCUACCCUGUAUCAAGCACUUACAGAGAUGGGCCUCCUUCACAGAGCCGUAAGGAGAAAUAGCAAGCAGUUAGUUGAGUUGCUUUUGACAUAUGUUCCUAAAAAUACAUCUGAUGAACUAAGACCCGAAGUCAAGGCACUAGGUGAUGCGGAGUCUCUUAGCUUCUUGUUUAGACCUAAUGCUGUUGGUCCUGCUGGUUUGACACCACUCCAUAUAGCAGCAGGAAAAGAUGAUUCUGAGGAUGUACUGGAUGCUCUUACUAAUGAUCCUAGCAUGGUGGGAAUUGACACAUGGAAGAAUGCCCGUGACAGUACAGGCUCCACACCUGAGGAUUAUGCACGAUUGCGUGGCCAUUAUACUUACAUUCACUUGGUGCAGAAAAAAAUUAACAAGAGACAAGGAGCAGCUCAUGUGGUAGUUGAGAUUCCUAGCGAUCAGACAGAGUGCAAUACAAACCAGAAGCAGAAGCAAAUGGAGUCUCUCACUGGAUUUGAGAUUGGAAUAACUGAAGUAAAACGUGGCCAAGGGCACUGUAAACUUUGUGAAACUAAAAUUUCUUGUAGAACUGCAGUGGGGAGGUCUAUGGUAUACAGACCUGCAAUGCUCUCUAUGGUGGCCAUAGCAGCAGUUUGUGUUUGUGUGGCUCUCCUGUUCAAAAGCUCACCUGAAGUUCUAUACAUGUUCCGUCCCUUCAGAUGGGAAUCAUUGGAGUUUGGGACAAGUUAA